AUGCAACCAACCUCAAUUCAUCUACUCGCCGUAAUAGCUCCAGCUACUCCAAUCGUUGCAGCUACUACAGCUACCACAGCUCCUAUAAUUAUUCCCACUACUAUGGGCACCACAGCUAAUCAAGCUACUCCAGCCACUUCAGAAAAACCAAUCACACAUCAAACUCAGACCUCUUUACAAUGUCCACAAAGACGAAACCUUGGGGAACGGAGGUGGAGAGAGAAUGGCUUGGCAACAACCCUGAAUGUAGGAUACUGGGAGCAAGAAACAACUUACGAUGAUGAACUAAAGAUGGUCUAUGCCGAAACACCACUUCGCACUCACAAAACCUAUUUCGUGCGAACUUAG